UUCAUAAUCGUGCAUCUCCGUAUAAAGUUGUGUCGCGAUAUGGCUGCAGAAGUUGAAGAGAAGAAACCGGAUCGGCCGCCCGCAAAAGCGGCCAACUCUAUCUACCCUGUACUGAAUAAAUACAUAGAGAAAACCGCGUCCGUCAAAGAACUGACCACGACAAAACUUAGCAUGCACAAGGAGAACACAGUUAGUAAGGAGGGCAACACACAUAGCACCGUCACGCAUACCAACAAGAGCGAGUCGGAGAAGAUGACGCACACAGAGACCGUACUCGAAGCAACACCUGACGGUCAUAUAAAGAAACCACCAGUACCAUUAAAGAAGAGUCCGACCCCUUCAUCAGGAGUGGGGGCCUUGUUUAGCGGCCUGCGGAAUAAAAUGCUGUCGUCGUCUGAUAAAUCUGAGAAGACGUCCACAUCUCUAUCAAGCGGCAGCAGUAGCAGUAUGGAAGGGGAUAAAACAGACGGACUCAGUUCUAGCAAGCCAUUGGCCAACGCGUCUACCCCGCCUACUAGCGUGGCUCCCCCCGCGACUAGCACCUCCCCCCCCGCUACUAGCGCACCUACCCCGCCCGCUGAUUCGGUCACACAUUCGACGAGCACGUUCGAUCACAUAGAACGGAAUUCAAUACUCAACGACCCAAGGGCUGGCAGAGUGAAGGCGCCACGUCGAAGACCGCCCAGCCAAGUGUUAAGAGACGAGUCUCCCGUACCCGGCGCACUCAGUAAUGGACAUGAAGCAUCCCCGGAAAAAGUGUUGUCAGACAAAACGCCUGAGAUAAAGCCGAAAGCGCGCGAAUGGGAGAAGCACAAGGCGCCGUGGAUGGCGGAGCUGAAGCUGAACCAAGCGAAGAAGGGCAGCGACAAGAAACACACCAGCACUGACAGAUUGGCUGAGUGCGGCGUGGAGGAAAAGCGCUCGAGUCACAGCAUGGAGAUGUCGAAGAGUACGUCAUCCAUCAGCAGCCGAAUAUCUGUGCUGGAGAGCUUCGACUCCAGCUUCGAGAGAUCCCGGAACUCCCUCGACAAGAAGGACACGCCCCCAGACCUGCCGGCGAGCAAACCCCCGCUCCUCAGCUCUCCUACCGCUGCUGGUCGUACAAUAACAACGAUGCUAGACGAACUAAAGAAACCGUCGCUAUCACCGCCGCAAGCGUCCGUCCGCGGCGAGAUGGACAAGUCGUUCGAGAUAAAGACGGAGAAGGUGGAGUCUAUCAGCAGAUUCACGAGUGUGAGAGAGAUGGAGGCAGAAGACAGAGAGCCGGACAAGAGUCGGGAGUCGCUGGAGAAGAAGUCGCUCGUGUACAAAGUUGAGAAGAGUGAAGACCCUUUGAUCGCGCAGCUUAAUAAUAGGAUAUCAAACUUAGAGAUGUUGUUAGAAGCACAAAACUCAAGGUUCACGGCGGCCAUCGAAGAGCUAAACAUGCGACUCCGUGCCGAGACGGAGAGUCGAACCGCGCUACAGAGAGAGCUCGAAAAGCUGUCGCAUUUUGUCACUCAGGUGUAAACAGCGUGCGGUACUAAAUAGAGUUAUUUUAAUUAUUGUGAUAGGUGCAGGUUAUAACUACGUUGCAACUGUUAGCCAAUAUACUUUGGACGUGCCUUUUAUGAAAAGUUUUUUUUUAUGAGACUUGCAGGAUGGCCAGCUGAUGUUAAUUGAUAUUACCAUUACAAUGCACCGCCACUCAGGAUUCUUGAAAAACUCAAAAAUUCCGAGCGGCACUACAAUUGCGUUCGUCACAUUGAGGUAUAAGAUGUUAAGUCUCAUUUGCCUAGUAAUUUCACUAGCUACGGCGCCCUUCAGACUGAAACACAGUAAUGCUUACACAAUUACUGCUUCACGGUAGAAAAAGAAAAGAAGCCUCCCACUGGUAAAUGACCUAAGUCGCCUCUUACGAUAGUAUUUUUUGUUAAUAGCCCAUGAAAAUUGCGUUCAAUAAGUCUUAGAGCCGGACCCCAUUACAGCGCCGUAAAGCGUCGAAAUAUUAUUUCAAGCAUUUUGUAUGGUGCAUAUCGCAUUAGAGCGGUGCUACACUGCGUGUCGCAGCAGAGUUGCCUCCGAGAGAAUAUUUUGCUGCGCAGUGCAGCGACGCUUAGUGCAACACAACAAGAGGCGCAUUGCUUCAGUAUGCGUAAUGCGUAAUUGUUAAGCUUUUGUCAUUCUGAAGUUAGUGUGAAACCGUGCAGAGUCAUUAGGAAGUCUAGGAAACAAAUUAUGAUACUAUCGCUCAUCUUGUAAGUUGCUCGCACGCAAAAUGCUAUAGAAAUGUUGCAAGUCUCCGCUUAGUGCAGUUGUAAUACGAUGGGUACCGUCGAGCGAAUGAAGCGACGCACCGCAGAGCACCGCUCGAAUGUGGUCCAACCUUUAAAUGAAUCUUUUUUUUUGUUAAUUUACUGAGUGCGUUGUAUGUGAAGAAAGGUUGAAGAAAAAUACCGUAAUACAUGACGAAAUGUUGUAACGCAGUUUUAAACUGUAUCUAUCGAUAUAAUUAUUAUCAGAUUUCAUCGCGGAUAUUGUGUUUUAUACAGAAGUGUGUGUGUGUGAAGUCACAGGCAACGAUCGCCCGAUUACAACAAUCUAUUAAACUCAAGAUGUCAUUUAUUCCUUUUGUCUUUUACAAGAAUUUAAAAAACAUAUUUUUAGGUCGAUAUCAUUUUUGUAAUUAAAACAUUGUUGUCCGUGACUAACAAUGUGUCUCCUUAUUGGAUAUUUUGGUUGUAUGUGUUGCAACUAUGAAUAGGGAGCGCUGUACCGAAAGCAUUUUGAGAAAUAGUUGGUUUUGGGUAAAACAUUUAGCGUACCUCGCGAUUGAUGUCAUGUUAAUAAAUAAAUAUAUUUAUAAUUAAUGUACAAAUAGUACAAAUUAUAUUUACAAUCAUUCAUAUCGUACUUAAAUAUUAUUAAUUGUAAUAACACCAUUAUAAACGCGGCGCUAGAUGAAUUUCGGUCAAUGACCCCGAACGGAAGGCCACCGAGUAACAGUUACUAUAAGGUCAUUAUUCGGUAUUUUUUUGUCUAACACUAAGGUUAAGGUCUAUAUAGCAUACUUAGACCUCACUUACGUAAAACUUAGCAGACUUCAAACAUAGCGCAAACUUUGAUUUGGUAAUAAUAGUCAUUUACAGCUGAGAUUAACAGCCCAAUAGAUAGGUCAGACGUGCGUUACAUUAUACACAGUACAUUGUCGAUUAUUAUUAAUCAAUUUAUAAACAAUAGAAAAAGAAACAAAAUUAUUACAGUAUCCAACACUUAUUUGAUUAAUAGUUUUAUUGAAAUAAGUGGAAAUCAGAAACAGAACGGAUUUUUAGAUGCGUGACAGCUAUGGGUGACAGUCUUCUUCGUCGGAUUACUCUUGAUAGAGCAGUCGUGGUCACGUCGAACGGGGAGUAUUGGUUAGGGCUUUGAUCUGGUCUAUCCAGCGCAUAGGGGAGCGUCCUCUUGACCUACUGCCGAUGACCCUUCCCUGAACAACAAGUCUCUCAUGACAUGCAGUCCACGUCGCGUGACAUGUCCGAAGUAUCUGAGGAUACGCGCUCUGACUAUAGGUGAAAGCCUUUCUUUCACCUUGAGUUGUUCAAGUAUCGAGACGUUUGUGCAGCGUUGUGUCCAAGAUACUUAGUAUUCGUCUCCAACACCACAUUUCUAGUGCGUGACAGUAGGCACUGUAUUAUGUUGACCUCCUUUUUGUUCGGCUUAUAGUCUGAUUUUUUCUUAAGUCGUCGUUAUGGUGGACUUGAGCUUAGCUCGCACUCAAAAGCUAUGUUUAUAAAAACGUAUUUCGACUUAAAUCUCUAGAUUAGUCUGAGCGAAGUCUAAGUACGCUGUGUAUAUCUCGGCCUAGUUUUAGUUUUUUUAUAAUUACAACCGUAUGUUUAUUGUAUAAAGUGCAUUUUUGUAAAACGAAGUCUAGUCGACACAAAACGAAUGUCGGUCAACGAUUUAUUUUAAUUUUUUUUAUGUUUUUCUACUGUCGGGAGUGCCGUUAGUUCAAAUAUAGAAGUUUUAAGUACACAAUAAGAUGUGCCAUUGGUUUUUUUUAAAUAACUGCCUAUAUUAUUUAUAGAGGCAGUUUUAGGGUAUAAUUUCAUAGAAAUUAAACUGUACUGCCCUAUUGAAUACUUUUCGUUAUUGAAUUUCAUUAUAUUGAAAAUUGUAUUAUUACUUUUAAUAAAUUAUCUUGGACAUAAAACGAUUACUGCCGAAAAUGCAUUAAUCGUAUUCUUUAAUAAUUAAGAAUAUGUUAUUUUUUUUUUCAAUUAGACUAGAUAUGCCUUGCUGUCUAUUUAUAGGUACUCGUUAAUAUGUGAUUUCUCUCAGUAAACCUGAGAAUGAAACGCAUUUUGUCUAUUGAAGACUUUACCCCACGAUAUAAUUAUUAAUAUUAACAGAGUUCUAUAUAAUUUUAAUGUUAGUGUUUAAUUUAAUGAUUACCUAUUAUAGUUCAAAUGACGGCUUAAAUAAUUUAUUUUUCGAUGCUUUGCGCGUUAUAUUAAAUAGAUUAUAUAUAAAUUAUAGUGCAAAUACAUAAUAUGUUGUAUAUUUUGUUGUUGCUUGUUGUACUUAAGAUAUUAUUGAUAUUAUAGCAAUCACUAAAUCACAGCACACAGCCAUAGAAUGAGUGAGCAGUAUUGCCGCUGUUGCGCGCUCGCUCACACUUGCGGAAUAUUCAAGAAAUACUUUUGGCUUUAAGGUUUGGCGGUUAUUAUAACAGUUUAUAGGUAGAUCAUGUUAUUCAAUUACACUAUUUUGCAAUUUAAAAUAUUGUUUUUUGGGUGAGAAUUCUGACGUAAUAGUUAUAUAAGCUAACUUUAAUUGAUAAAAUUUUGUUAAUUAUAUGUUAUAGCAUGGUAUAGUACAUACUUAGAAAGAAUUGCUAUACCUUAUUUGACUUUUUUCUUAAAUACGUUGUAUCGUUGUGACCUUGUUAUCAAUUAUCUAAAAAUUUUUUUUCUCCACGACAGAAAUUUAAAAUAAAUGCGGCAUUUUGAAGUAUAUAUAUAUAAUAAUUAAAUGCAAUAAAAUCGGGUAUAUAAUUUAAAGCAAAUUUAUUGAAUUAUUCGUUAUUUUGCAUAAGUACAAUUUGAAGCGUGUCAGUAUGGAAUUAGCGGGAAGUUUAAAGCAGGGCCUUUAGAGUCAAUCGUUUUCAUUUUUUUUUAAAGAUUAAUAACUUCUUUUUCUUUAAAUUUUACAAGUAAGUCAAAACGUUUUUGAGUAAAAUUUGUGUAUCACUUCACAUUCAUUGUAUAAAAUAUAUUGUAGUGCUGAAACUGUAAAUAUAGAUUUAAAAGAGUGGCAAUGGGUUUCUUGCCUCUUCAUCUCAUUAAAGCUCAACUUUUCCGAAGAGGUGGAAAUUCAUAAUUAUACAAAUGUUAUGAUUUUUAUUGAGUGUAAAUUCCCCAAAGUUUUGUCUUUAAUCAAUUCGACACGUGUUUAGACUCUAUGCGAGGCAUCUCGUGCCAGAAUUUGGCGAGUCAACAUCUCCUGAGGACGCCUGGUGUAGAAGCGAAACGCUUGUCGAAUUAAUUUAAGACAAAAGAUGCGAAAUUAACAUUCGAAAAUUCACAACAUUUGGUUUAAAACAGUUAAUUUAAAGCCUCAAUGGCUUAGUUUGGGCUUACUAGUUAAAUACUACCUCGCAAAACAAACAGUUUAUUACAUAGUAAAUUUGGUCUUUGACUUAAAGACGGGUUUAACAUUGCUUCGGGAUGAAAGACACACUUGUGUCAAAUUAUUCAAACGAUUUCAUAUAUAAAAUGGAGUGCCAAGAUUUUUUUUUUGUUUCGAUGGAACGAAAAGUUGGAUAGAAUAUGAUAAUAAAAAUAUAUUUUGGUAUAGUAAGACGUCAUAUAAUUUAAGGGCAGAUGAAAGUGUAAAUACAGUCACGUGAGAUAUUUCUGUAUUUAAGUAUCUGGUAAAUGUACAGCGUAGCGGUAUAAUGGUGACACUAAAUUGACACACGGGUAGACUAUUUAACUGUAAUCACAACAAUAUUUUCAAUAAAUAGUAGGUAGUUAAAAAAAAUUUUUUAGAAAGCCGAACUAAAAAAUGGAAAAUUUAUUUUGAAAUUUAAAAUUGAAAAAAAAUUAUAUGUUUAUUUUGAAACGUAUAUUACUUACACAUAAAUUUACAAAUAACUUAAAAUAAAACUUACUACUAAACCUAUAUGUUACAAAAAUGGACCUAAAUCAGCAUGAUUGCUGGUUUGUAAAACCAACGCUGGUCUUCCGUUGGGCCAUUUGGCGAAGUCACGCUAAAUAUAUUUAUAUUCCCAACGGAAAUAUAAAAAUUAUCAUCAAUAUUCUGCCUUAUAGACGAUAGAUGAAAUUUAUAUAAUUUAACAAAAAUCUUAUUUUGCAAAUUGAAAAAUAGAAUAAUAGUAUCAAAUUAAUGUAUUGUCAUCGGUCCUCGAUAAUACUACGAAGUUUGAACGAAAUCUGGACGUUAAAAUUGGGUCAAAAUCGCGUGAAGCUAAUAAAAAGCAUGUUAAAAUAAAAUAAUAAUUCACCUAAAUAAUUAAAUUAUUCAUAAUAUCAUUUCGGAACAACCUGUAAAACCGCGAGCUAGCGUAGAUACUGAAAACAUCUUCGUGCCGUCUUACGGCCUUUCCCAAUAUUCAGUCUAUCUCUUACUUGAGACAAAAAUCGUAGCUAUCGUUGACUUUUCUGUCACAAUAAACUUAUCAACAGUAACUCACCGUAUCCGUACACGCUGUCUGUCAAUGGGAGGACGUAUAGCUUACUAGCGAUAGAAGUUUGUAUCACGCGUCCCAAUAUAAGGCGAUAAGAAUGACUUAUCGGGUAUCAGCUUCAGAUUUUUACAGCUAAUUACUGACAGUAGAAGGUAGUAAUUUAUCUUUUUCUGUAGAUAGUAUAUUGGGAACGCCCGUUAUGUGACCACUUAAGGGAGUUAAUUUUUGUUUCGUAAAUAUAUUAUGUGUUUGAAAAGUUGAAUAGUUCAAUUAUUUAAUUUAAAUUUAGAAUUAUUUUUUUACGAUUAUGGUUAGAUACCCGUGUGUUCAAUUAAUGUCGCUAUUAUAGCGGCAGCCUGUAUAGCGGUACGCUUAGUUCGUUUUGUGAUGCGUUCGAGUCAGAUUACACUGUCAUUGUUAAACGCAGACGACGCGGCUUAUCAUUAUUAGUUGGGUCCACCCUUUUAUUCCGGUUUUCAAAUUUAAAUUAUCAUAAUGGGAGGUUAGUACAGGUGACUGUUGAGAUGAUAAGAGCUUAUGAGUAAAAUGUCACAACUAUUAAAUGAUUUCAAAACGAUGCGGGAUUCGUCCGAGCCUUACACCGACUGAGCCAACCGUUCAAGUAACGUAUUGUUCGUAAAUCUUGGUAUGUCUUGUUCAACUCUCAGGUUGUGGCUCCAUCUACAUUCUACAGGAUCUACUUUACAGUUGAUAACCUGCUCAAUACCAAUAAUUGCAUAUUAGGAUUUUGACUUGAGAUGUCGCUCUUUCGAAUCUAAACAAUUCGCUAAGAGUUUAUGCAAUUUGGUAAAAUCGUUCGGACGGAACCCAAGAGGCGCGGGUUUGAGUCCCGUAUCGUUCAUAAAUCUUGGUUACACAAAUUAUUAAGUGCUAUUGUAAGGAAUUAAUUGUGAAUGUAAUGUGGGAGAAUGCCGUUUUUGUAGUGUUUUUUUUUUAUGUUUGAGUGUUAUGAUUAAUUAUUUGAUGGUCAGAGUAAACAAGUGGCCGAUUUUGGUGAUCAGCUCGUAACGAAAUCAAAGAAACAAUACUGCGGUCUUUGCCGUUAUGCCAGUUGAUGAUUGAUAUAAAAGUGGUUUUAUGUAGAUUUACUAGCUUCUCGAUAUAAAAGUAAAAAUAUAACGACGUGAACGCUUCAAACACACGCUAUUUUUGCAUAUUUGGUUGUAAUGUAAUAUCGACGAAAUGGAAUUGCGACUGUCAUUGUAAACAAGUAGGUCGAAAUUCGCCAAUCAUUUUAUUAGACACUGACAGUCCACCACUUGUCAAACAAUCUCUUUCGUGAAAAUAUAAACAUGUUUUUAUGAUUUUAAAAGAAUUAUAAGUAAAGUGAAUGAAUAAUGAAUCAAUUUUGUCGAUGGUGCAUAGUCGUCAACAAACAGCGGAGACAUGAUGUUGAAAAUUGACUUUGUUGUCAUAAUUGUAAGUCAAAUUCGGUCUGACCAACGGCGUUGCUUUUGAAAUAUUUGAAUGGACCCAGAAUUUUAGAUCUAAAGUUAAUUUCUUUCUCAAUAAAUAAAUAUAUCGGAUGGAUAGUUCUAAUAAAAAAGUUUACUUAGUUUGAGAAUGGCAUGUGAGUUUACUAAGCGCUUUCUAAAGAAAAUCACAUUUGUAUGUUUAUAAUAUUAUGAAAUAGACAAUAGAGUACAAUAAUUGAGAAAAUAGAACGCCGAAAUAAUGUAUUAUCACAUAAAAAAUAAUAUCUAAACCUAAACCAAAAGAUAAUUAUCUCAAGUUAUCAAUGUAAUAUUUGUGUUAUAUUUCCGAUUGGUGGCAAAUAGGGCAAAGAUUUAUCUUCUAUUAGAAGCUUUUUUUGUUUUCGGAACAAAUACUUCAUAGCUCUCUAAGUGGGGAUUGUUUUAUUAAUAAUAUGAUUUUCAGUCCAUUAAACCAAACAUAUAUAUUAUAUUAUAUAUAACUAAAGAAAAUUAUGUACUUAUUUUCAGUUUUAACUUGCAACGUUCAUGAGCUAAUUAACAUAGAGGGAUAUGUUAUGAUUUCUACAGUAUAUUAUUAUGUAAUUCAAUAGUUUAUUAUAUUACCUAAUCUUUUAAAUCGUUGAUUACGUGUUCCUAAAUAAAAACCGAUUCAGAAUGCUGUUUGUCAGGUAAUUAGAUAUUAAUGUAGCCCUUACUGUUAAUUAGAUAAUGACUGUGUCAAGUAUGUAAGUAUAACACUUAUGUUAUUCUAAAUCACCUAUAAUUGUUAAAGUAAUUGUAAAUAAUUAUAAAUAUUAGCUAAUGAAUUGUAAAUAGGCUUCGUGUAAAGGUACACUAAUGUGCCGAUGUGAUAGUGAAGUAUGUGUUAGUACCUGCUCUGUACGUUGGUGCUAUCACUGUACUCGAACGCGCCAUGCAUUCCAGACCUUCAGUUUAUUAUUAUAUAAUUAAAUUCAAUUGGAUAAAUAAAUUACAUUUAUAAUUGG